AUGGGUUGUUACCUAGAUGAUCUUGGCAGAGAAGCUGAUGCGUUGCAAAAUGGAAAGCAGCCACAUUCCCGACUAUCCCCACAAGUGAGGUCCAGCGCCCCAAUGGAAGGGAUGUUAAAUCCGUUGUGGCCGGGACUUGAACCCAGGUGGCGGGUAUCUCAGCUGAGGAUCCUUUACCACCGAGCCACAAGCGCCGGUUGUAAACCUUUCUGGUUCCUAAGGUAUGCUCUUAGAUCUAGGACAAAAUUAGGAGGAACAAUCUGGAGUUUCUGA